AUGCGAUCCCUAUACCUUCUAGGCCUAGCCCUAGUCCUCCUCGGCUCAGUAGAAGCCAUGAGAAAGCAAGGCGUAGCAGUGAAAGGUCGCCUAAUGUGUGGAGGUAAAGGCUGUGAAGGUGCCAAGGUCCGAAUUACCGAUAUUGACACCGGACCGGACCCAGAUGACACUUUGGAUGAGAAGUUGGUCGAGAAGAACGGUGAAUUCAAAUUGACCGGAUUCACUAGAGAAUUAACCGACAUCGACCCGGUUUUGUAUGUUUGGCACAAUUGCAAUGAUGAGGCUACGGUAGGUUUAAUACAGUAUAUUGUCUUAAAUAAUAACUGUAAGGGUAUGGUAUAGGUGAUAGAAAGAAGAUACGCUAAGGGUGUACCUGGUGUAGCAGAAAAUUAUUAUGGUAAGGAAUGGCGUUUUGAAAAAAUAGAGUAUUGUAGAGUAUCGUAAAAUAGCACAUGAUAGGUCAAUACAGGACAAGGGAGGAAAAGUCAGGGCAGGACAUAAAAAGGUAAAGCAAGGUAGGGAAGAGCCGGGCAGGGCAGAAAAAGGUUUUGUAAAAAAAUAAGAGCCGGGUACACAAUGGCGAGGCAAAGGCAAGGCAAAGGCAAAGGCAAGGCAAAGGCAAGGCAAAGGCAAGGCAAAGGCAACGCAAAGGCAAAGGCAAAGGCAAAGGCAAAGGCAAGGCAAAGGCAACGCAAAGGCAAAGGCAAAGGCAAGGCAAAGGCAAAGAAAGGCAAAGGCAAGGCAAAGGCAAGGCAAAGGCAACGCAAAGGCAAAGGCAAAGGCAAAGGCAAAGGCAAAGGCAAUGCAAGGCAAGGCAAGGCAAGGCAAGGCAAGGCAAGGCAAGGCAAGGCAAGGCAAAGACAGAGCCGGAAGUGUGAGAGAGGGGUUGGAUAAGGUAGGGUACGGUGGGCGAGAGUAAGAUAGAGUAGAAUAGGGUAGGGUAGAGCAGGGCAGGGUACAUUUAUAAACUACAAUCUUAAAAUGACAUUAGAAAUUUCAGCCAUGUGAACGAAAGCUAAAGUUCAUCAUCCCCAAGAAGUAUAUUAUCAGCACAGACCCAGAAGACCAAAACUGGUGUGAUGUUGGAAUAAUCAACCUGCAGACCACAUUUGACUCCGAGAAACGAGAAUGUAUCAAUUAG